AUCUUUCGACACCAGAUCCCGCAAACGACAACUUGGUUUCGUUUUGAACGGUAUAAUACAGUGUUGUAUUUAUUUUGAUUCGCGUGUUCAGAGAGUUCUUUAUUUGUGUCACCUACUCACCUUACCUACUAUAUAUCACUACAUAACAUAUAUAUUCCCUGCAGUCUGCGAGUCAGGUGUCAACGCAAUCACGCCGGUGGUGGGGAAGCAGCUUUUAACUGUUUUAGACCACGUGAUGUUUACCUGCACUCGUACUAUAAUAUGAUAAGACAAACCGCUGAGUCGUAGGUGUCUUCUGAGCACGAACACUACAAAUAGACUUGAACUUGCCAGGCCGGUGAAUUCUAAGUCUGCAAAUGCCCGACGUAACGAUAUGUUGACUUUUUCAAUGCAUUCGGCGUUGCACGCGUGCACUUUUGCAACCGCUUUGCUGUUGUUGCUGGCGUUAGCCGUAGAGCAGACCGGUGCUAAUGAAGUAGUCCAGGCUAAAAAUGAAGACAUUUAUAGCUUUGUCGUUCAUUCGAAAGUCAAGUACAGAUAUGCUCAGACUGUUGUAUCCAGUGUUGUGGCCAACAAGGGAAACACUUCACACGAAGUACAGUUCUACGUUACUCUUCCAGAAUCUGCAUUCGUUUCUAAGUUUUUAAUGGAAAUAAAUGAAAAAGUGUACGAAGCUUAUGUAAAAGAAAAGAAAGAGGCCAACGAGGAAUAUAUUGCUGCUGUUAACUCGGGUCAAACAGCUGCUCAUGUAGAACAAAAUGUAAGAGAUUCAAAUAAAUUUACGGUUUCUGUGAAUGUGGAAGCAGAAAGCAAAGUGACAUUUAAUCUCACUUACGAACAGUUAUUAAACAGAAAAUUGGGAAUUUAUGAAAACGUAAUAAACUUACAACCCGGACAAGUUGUCAAAAACUUGCAAGUAAUUGUAGAUAUCGAAGAAUCAUCAAACAUUACAACAUUGGAAGUACCAGACAUAAAAACAGCAAAUGAAAUUGAAACUACAGUUAGUAAAAACCAAUUGGCGAAAAUUUCCCGCGAGUCAGGCUACAAAGCGACGAUAACGUGGAGUCCAACUGUUAAAGAACAGUUAACAUUUACGGAAAACGGCGUCAAAGGCCAAUUUAUAGUUCAAUAUGACGUAGAUCAUAAUUCCACUCCAAAUCAAGUUCUGAUCGACGAUGGAUAUUUUGUUCAUUUCUUUGCUCCGACGGAUUUGAAACCGCUUAGGACUCACGUUAUAUUUGUACUCGACGUUAGUGGUUCUAUGGCAGGACAAAAAUUAUCACAAGUGAAAGAAGGUAUGGGUCAAAUUUUGUCAGAAAUCCAUUCUGAAGAUUUUUUCACGUUGAUACUUUUCUCAGAUUUUGCUCAAGUUUGGACAAUAAACGCUACACAAGAAACGUCAAAUCGUUGGGACGAAACUGGUAACAACUGGAAGACGAACAAUAAUUUUAGUUUGGAGACAUUAGGUGAAAAACGUUUCGUUUUUCCAGCAACCGAGCAGAACAUACAAUACGCCAAAAAAUUCAUUCAAGACUUGACAUCGCAGUGGAGUACAAACAUGGAGGAUGCCCUUACCAAAGCUCACUCUAUCGCCAAGUUGGGAGAAACGCGUUUCAAAGAUGGUGCUAACAUGCCAAAACCAAUUAUUGUGUUUCUGACCGAUGGCCAACCUAACAGAGGAAUUACUACCAAUUCCCAGGAACUUAUAGAAUAUGUUUCUAAUACUAACAUAGAGAAGUAUCCUAUAUUCAGUUUGGGUUUUGGCGAAGAAGCGGAUAUUGAUUUUCUUAAAAAACUCUCAUUGAACAAUACCGGUUUCGCUAGAGUCAUCUACGAAGCUUCGGACGCUUCGUUACAAUUACGUAAUUUCUAUAAAGAAAUUUCUUCUCCUGUUCUAUCUAACGUUACUUUCCAAUACAUUGACGCACAAGUCGACAACAUAACUGUGACGAAAAAAUCAUUUAAUUUGUUGUUUAAAGAAACAGAAUUAGUAGUGUCCGGAAAGUUGAAGGAUGGCACAUCGCCCGUUUUUAACGGCACUUUAAACGCCGUUUCGACUGAAGGAAAUUUCAACCGUUCCGUUGUUGUUUCGUGUUUCGAUAUCCCCAUCAUCCCUCCCACUUCCCUUCCAACGCAGAGAAGAAUUGAAACAGAAUUAGUAGUGGCCGGAAAGUUGAAGGAUGGCACAUCGCCCGAUUUUAACGGCACUUUAAACGCCGAUUCGACUGAAGGAAAUUUCAACCGUCCCGUUGUUGUUACGUGUUUCGAUAUCCCCAUCAUCCCUCCCACUUCCCUUCCAACGCAGAGAAGAAUUGGUCAUUUAGAAAAGUUAUGGGCAUAUUUGAACAUACAACAAUUGUUGGACAAAUAUGAAUUAAACAAGAACGAAAAUUCUACGGCAAAAGCUAAAGCACUUGAAUUAGCAUUAGAAUAUUCAUUUGUUACUCCACUCACAUCCUUAGUUGUUGUCAAACCUAAUGAUACAACAACAUCAGUGGCCUUAGAGAAAAUCAAACCACUUAAUGAUAGCUACAAUUUUGGUUUUUCAAGGACUGUUACUCCAUUUAGUGCAUUAGGGCCACCACUCCCUCCAAGCAUGCAAAUGCCAAUGCCGUUUUCUGGUCGUUCAAGUCGUCCACCAUUUAUAACACCAAAGUCGUCAAAAUAUCGUCCUCUUUUUAUUCUUAAGUCUUACACGAAAUCAGAAGAUGAUACAUCUGAAUCCAUAGGUGUUUUCACAAAUAUGUCAUCACUUCAAGUUUCGCAUGUAGAUAAUUCUACACCCACCUCUACUAUAGAUUUUUCUCAUUUACUCGUACUUAUAGACAAAUCAAGUUCUACAUCUUUGCAUGACAUAAUGGACAUAACAUGGUUGAGUAGUUCUAUUACAUUGAAUGCAACUAAUACAGUUUACCAAGUAUCAUUGGACACUACUGGUCAAUCGUAUCAAAAUUGUACAACACCCGACCAAAGUUAUGGUAAUUGUAAACAUUUAAAAGACUGCGUUGUGCCUUCAAUUUUGAACUCAUUUGAUACAUAUCUUUCAUUAUUUUGUCCAAUAGAAACAUUGUAUGCAGGAAUUUGCUGUUUAGUGUAAAUUGUAAUUGUGUGAAUGUCCACAAAUUUCUAGGAAGCAGAAUAUUAUUAAUAUUUUUAAAGUGGUUUUUUUUUAAGUUAUUAUUAUUAUUUAUUAUUGGACUUAUAUUUUAAUUUUAUUUACCUUUUUAUUAUUUAUUAAACACAGAUAUUAUUUA